AUGCCAAUCCCCACCGAACUCGUCGGGAGUCUUCCUCGACCGGCGUACCUCCAAAAGGCCUUUGCCGACUACGACGCCGGCACCAUCACGCGCGACGAGCUCGUCAAGGCCCAGGACCGGGCGGUCGAGGACUCGUUGAAAAACCUCGCCGCGACCGGGGAGGCGUUGAUCACCGACGGCGAGCAGCGGGCGAGUUCGUUCGCCACGUACCCCAUCACCGACACCCUCGGAGGCACGGGUCUGUCGGAGAAUCUCGCCGCCGACGGGCAGUACUUUGCCAUCUUCGAGGAUGGCCACCACCGCCAGCUGCCGCGCUUGGUCAAGGGCCCCUUUCGGUACAAGACGUACGCCUACGAGAACCUGAAGCGGUCGAUGCCCCUGGCUGGUGGACACGCCAUGAAACAGGCCGUCAUCGCCCCGUCCAUGAUGUACCUGCUGUACCCGCUCGACGGAUCCGUCGAGGGAUACUCGCGCGAGGACUUUGAGAAGGACGUCGUCGCCGAGUGCGAAAAGGACAUCCGCGGCUGUUUCGCCGCCGGGGCCAAGCGCGUGUCCAUCGACUUUACCGAGGGUAGACUGGCCGCGAAGAAUGACACGAGAAAUCCCUGGACGGGGAAGCAUUUGUUGCAAAAGUUCAUUGAACUGAACAACCAGGUGCUCGACCGAUUCACACCCGAAGAACGCAAGAACAUCGGCAUCCACACCUGCCCCGGCGGGGACUGCGACUCGGUUCACUCGGCCGACGUCGACUACCACGAACUGUUGCCGUCGCUGUUCCAGAUGAACGCGGGCUACUUCCUGAUCCAGCUGGCGUCGGAGAAGAACAAGACCAAAGUGUACGAGGAGAUCGGGCGCACGAUCCGCCGCGACGCCCGGGGUGUCAAGCAGGUCGCCUUUGUCGGUGUCGUCAACCCGCUCAACCCGGAAGUCGAGACGGCCGAGCACGUCUGCGAGGCCCUCAUCGAGGCGGCCAAGUACAUCCCGCCGGACCAGCUGGGCGCCACCGACGACUGCGGCUUCAGCCCCUUCAGCAUCGACGUCAAGCCCAAGCACAAGAACAACCCGGACUUUGCGCGCGAGGUCGCCUUUCAGAAGAUCGCGAGCCGCGUAAAGGGGGCCAGGAUGGCGAGUGAGCGGCUGGGUUUGUGA